UUUGCUCGCAGCAUCGAUCUAGUUUCACAUUUCAAUUUUUCCAGUUUUUCUUUGCAUACUAGUCCGUUUGAUCGGUCAAUCGUGCUUCUAGAUUGGCGGCAGCGGCGGCUGUUAUCGGCUUUUGGUUGUUGGAAAUACAAAUGGCUAUGCUAAUAGCUGCUCGUCGAGUAACAGGUGGAUCGACGAGGUCCGUUUCUUCAGAGUCGCUGCGUUAUACGACGUGCUGGAGAUAUUUCUCUACUUCCUUCCGGGAGGAGAGAGAUACUUUCGGCCCCAUUCAAGUCCCCUCCGACAAGUUAUGGGGGGCACAAACUCAAAGAUCAUUGCAGAACUUUGAAAUUGGCGGUGACAGGGAAAGAAUGCCUGAACCUAUUAUACGUGCAUUUGGUGUUCUUAAGAAGUGUGCAGCCAAGGUGAAUAUGGAGUAUGGCCUUGAGCCAUCCAUAGGGAAAGCAGUAAUGCAGGCUGCCCAAGAAGUUGCUGAAGGAAAACUAAAUGACCAUUUUCCUUUGGUGGUUUGGCAGACUGGUAGUGGCACACAAAGUAACAUGAAUGCCAAUGAGGUUAUAGCAAACAGAGCAGCUGAAAUUCUUGGUCAUAAACGAGGUGAAAAAGCUGUACACCCAAAUGACCAUGUGAACAGAUCACAAUCUUCCAAUGACACAUUUCCUACUGUGAUGCAUAUCGCAGCUGCAAUGGAGAUUAAUAAGAGAUUAUUGCCAAACCUGAAACAACUGCAUACUUCACUACAUUCAAAGUCUGUUGAAUUCAAGGACAUCAUCAAAAUUGGGCGUACUCACACUCAAGAUGCAACACCUUUAACACUUGGACAAGAGUUUAGUGGAUAUGCCACUCAAGUGAAAUAUGGAAUUGAUAGAGUAUCUGUCACCCUUCCACGCAUGUAUCAGCUUGCACAAGGAGGUACUGCUGUUGGAACUGGAUUGAACACAAAGAAAGGGUUUGAUGUGAAAAUUGCUGCAGCAGUGGCAGAAGAAACAAAUUUGCCAUUUGUUACAGCUGAAAACAAGUUUGAAGCAUUGGCUGCACAUGAUGCGUUUGUUGAAAGCAGCGGAGCCUUAAAUACAAUUGCUGCUUCUCUCAUGAAGAUUGCAAAUGAUAUACGUUUCCUUGGAAGUGGCCCACGUUGUGGUCUUGGUGAACUCAUUCUUCCAGAAAAUGAACCUGGAAGCAGUAUCAUGCCUGGGAAGGUGAACCCUACGCAGUGUGAGGCUCUCACAAUGGUCUGUGCUCAGGUUUUUGGAAAUCAUGUGGGACUCACAGUGGGUGGAUCUAAUGGCCAUUUUGAGCUGAAUGUAUUCAAGCCUAUGAUUGCCAAUUCUCUCCUACAUUCCGUAAGAUUGCUUGGAGAUGCGUCAGCUUCUUUUGAAAAGAAUUGCGUAAGGGGAAUUCAGGCCAAUAGGGAAAGGAUUUCUAAACUACUACACGAGUCACUCAUGCUUGUCACAUGUUUGAACCCGAAAAUUGGUUAUGAUAACGCUGCAGCAGUAGCCAAAAAGGCACACAAGGAAGGAACUAGUCUAAAGGAAGCUGCUUGCAAUUUAAGAGUGCUGACUGCGGAAGAGUUUGAUCAACUUGUAGUUCCCGAAAAAAUGAUUGGACCGACUGAGGACUAAUCUCUCCUCCUGCCUGGUUAGAGAAAAUCAAAUCAAAUCUGGCAUGAGCGGAGUGUGUCCAUUUUUAGCUAUGCAUUCUUUUCUUCCAUUGAUCAAUCUGAAUUAUAUAGGAAAAUAAAGGCCAGAGGACAAUUUACCUCUUGGUUUCUUCUGUAACUGAGGAAAUAAAAUUAAUUCCCAUUUUGGAGGUGUUGAGGCUUUGGAGAAAUUUGCAGCUCGGCAUUUUACUGUGGAGGAAUGAGAUUUUUCAUUUAUUAUUUUGCGUUUGAUUCCCCA